AUGGGCAGGGCAACGAUAAAAUCAGGAACUAUUAACUUAUUAAACACAAUAAUCGGUGCAGGUAUACUAGCUAUGCCCUAUGGUCUAGCGCAGAACGGUCUUGUUUUUGGUUGCAUGCUAAUAAUAUGGUCCUCAUUCACCUCGGCAUUUGGUUUAUACUUGCAGAAUAAAGUUGCAAAGUACACUGAGCAAAGAGGCUCGGUAUCAUACUUUAGCUUGGCACAAUUGACCUACCCUAAAUUAUCCAUCUUGUUUGAUUUAGCUAUAUCUAUCAAAUGUUUUGGGGUCGGUGUAUCCUACCUUGUGGUGAUUGGAGACUUGAUGCCCAAGAUAAUGGAGACUUUGAGGAUGGAUGGGUCAAAUUUACUUAUGCAUAGGAAUUUUUGGAUAACCAUCUUUAUGGCGGCUGUAGUUACUCCCUUAUCAUACCUCAAAAAAUUGAACAGUUUGAAAUAUACCAGUUUUAUUGCAUUAUUUUCAGUUGCUUAUUUGAUAUGUUUAGUUGUUGAGAAAUAUAUCGCUUUGCUGAUCACUAAGGAGGGCUCAAGUAUUCUCUCCGCCACAACUACUACCUCUGCUGCCGCUAAUAAUGGUAGCAAUGUCUUUGCAAGACUGAUUAUCCCCCAUCCGGCAGAGCACAUUGUUUGGUUUGGUCCAAUAAGUUUCCAAAAGACAUUAUCAUCAUUUCCCAUGUUUGUGUUUGCUUAUACGUGCCAUCAAAACAUGUUUGCGAUAAUUAAUGAGUUGAAACCACACGAUAAAGAUGGAUCUCAGACAAGACAAUCGAAUCUAAUCAUUAGAAAUGCAAUAUGUAUCGCAUUGGCCAGUUAUUUAGUUGUUGGAAUUCUAGGAUAUUUGACAUUUGGAUCAAACGUAAAUGCAAACAUUAUAUCAAUGUAUCCCAAAAACUCCAUUUCGUCAUUGAUUGGACGUUUAUGUAUUGUCAUUAUGGUGAGUUUAUCCUUCCCAUUACAAUGUCACCCAUGCCGUGGCUCAAUUAAUCACGUAAUACAUUUCAUAACCAACGGUGUAGAAUCAUCAACUCCUUCAAAGCGAAGUGGUACAACGACAACAACAACACCAACAACACCAACAACAGCAAACUCCUCCUCCACCAAUAAUACCACAGAAAGAAGAAGCACUAAUAAUGGUGUAUAUACCUCAUUGAGUUCAGAUAUUGAGAGUAUAGGCUCAUUAACUGAUUCAACAAAUAUGGUAGAUGAAUCUUUUAUUCUGACUACACCAAUGGAGGGCGCGCAAGAUAGUGAAGGACACGAUCCAAUAGUUGUGCCGUUGACAUCAAAGAAAUUUUACAUUAUUACCUCGUGUAUUGUGGUAUUAAGUUAUUUAGUGGCUAUUAUGGUAACUUCAUUAGCUAAAGUAUUGGCGUUUGUGGGAAGUACGGGAUCAACUUCGAUAUCGUUUAUUUUACCUGGUGUGUUUGGAUAUUUUCUAAUACGACCAAUGAAUGGCGCUACUGAAUUAGAUAAGUUGGAUAAAUUGUGCAAGUAUGGAGGUUUAGCAUUGGCAAUUUGGGGUGGUGCAGUGAUGGUGAUUUGCUUAAGUGCUACUAUUUUCUUGGGAGCUACUCACUAA